UUCCUUUGGUACUAAGCAUUUACAGCUUGGUACCAGCACACAUAUUUUUUGAAUUUUAAACCUUUUUUUUUAAUAGUCCAUCAAAAUGUAACUGCCACCCUCCAUGUUUGAGGGAACCACAUGCAACAUAUAUCACCUCUGGCUUCUUUCGUGAACUUUUAACCGGAACUUGACAAACCAAAGCACCAGAUAUCAGCUUCAUAUCAAGAAUGGCUACCAAAAACAAAGUAAGGUUGAAGCUAUUGAUCGACAAGAAGGCGAACAAAGUCCUUUUCGCAGAAGCUGGAAAAGAUUUUGUAGAUUUCCUCUUCACCCUUCUCUCUUUGCCUGUAGGUACUGUGAUUAGGCUGCUUAAAAAACCAGCAAUGGUUGGCUGUAUAGGAAAUCUUUACGAGAGCCUUGAAAACCUUAACGAAGCUUAUAUACAGCCAAAUCAAAGCAAGGACUCUCUUCUAAAACCCACUGUGCCAUUAACCCAGCUCGCACAUGUGCCUCUCUUGCUGCCUGACACUCGCCCUCUAAAACCUGAGGCAGGACGAAAGUUGUAUGGUUGUUCUAAUUAUAGUAACCACCGGUGCGUUACCGAUCAGAGAGGUUCUCGUUGUAGUAACUGCGGUUGUUCAAUGACUUAUGAACUGCCGUUUAUUGGCACCAAUCCAAAUAAUACAUCAGCUAGUGAUACAGCAACUAGUAAUAGUGAGGGAGGUUUGGUGAAGGGCCUGGUUACAUACAUGGUGACUGAUGAUUUGUCAGUGUCACCAUUGUCAAUGGUCUCUGGUGUUGCUCUGCUGAACAAGUUUAGUGUUAAGGGUUUUAGCGCACUUAAUGAGAAGAUGGUUGAGUUUGGUAUUGAUGAGGGUCUGGAAUUGUUGAAGGCUUCUCUCCAGUCAAAAGCAGCUCUUACUAGUGUCUUCCUAGCUAAGGAUGAGAUCAAGGAUGCUGCAUCACCAAAUUGAAACUAUGUUGGAAUAUGAUCUUUCCUGGUUUUGAGGGAGUUGAUAAUUAGUUAUUUACCGUUGUCGAUUGCCCUGCCGUACUUUAUAUAUAAUUAAGAGUAAAUUGAUCUUGUUUUUGCACCAUCUUGGUUGGUAGUUGUUGAAGUUUCAAUUAACAUUUUCAUGAAUCUUACAACUGCUAAUUAAAUAUUUUCUUUUUGCUA